AUGGACGUCAAUCAAUUCGCUGAGCUUAUCCAACGACUCCAAUCGUCAGACAACGAGAUCCGCAAAAAAGCCGAAGAACAGUAUGAACAGAUUGACGGUCCAACAAAAGUGGCGCUCCUUUUCGAGUGUUACAAUCAGUUCGCUAAUAGUGCUGAGGUCAGAUCCACUGUGCUCGUCUUCCUUCGACGAGUGCUCUCCAGAGAUUGGGACGCAAUUUGGGAGAAUUUGAAUGAUGAGAACAAACAGAGAAUUCUCGCGAAAGUUCUCGAGAUGAUAGUCCACGAGACGGAUAUCUCGAUCAAGAAGAAAAUCGCCGAUUUGAUUUCUGAAAUCGCUUCAAACCUUAUCGACGACGCAGGAGAUAUGUCAUGGCAAGGAGUGCUCGAGUUGAUGGAUCAUUGCUUGAAAAGCGACGAUCUCACCGCCAACUACAUUGCACUUCUCAUUCUUCGCGGAUGUCCGAUUAUCUUUGGAAACAAGCUCGCUCACUUCCUUCCAAGUCUUAAAGUAGUCCUGGAGAAGUGCAUGGCCACACCAGAUCUUCAAAUCAAGUCGACAGCUGUCCGUGCGGUCAUCGCUUUCGCUGUUGAUAACGAUGAGGAGAAGGAUGUGAUCAGACUGAUGACUGCACUUGUUCCAAAUGUACUCCAAGUCUGCAAUGAGACCAGCGAUGAGGACGAUUCUGAUGGUGCUUUGGGAGAGUUCGCCGAGUUGGCUUCUUCUCUUCCAAAAUGUUUGAACAGUCAUUUGUCUCAAGUUCUUCAAGUCACACUUCAACUCGCCGCCAACAAGGAGAAGAACGAGAUGUGCCGUCAAAACGCCAUCGAAGUCAUCUGCUCCUACAUGGAAUCCGCACCAAAAGGACUCAAGAAGUACGCUCCAAACGCGUUUUCUCAUAUUCUCGAGUGUCUUCUCGCCUGUAUGACCGAGUUGGACGAUGAGGUGCUCCAAGAGUGGCUCAACGAGAUUGAGGAGGAGGAUGAUUAUGAAGACAUCCCAAUCAUCGCCGAAAGCGCCAUCGAUCGUGUCGCCUGUUGUAUCAACGGAAAAACGAUGCUCCCAGUGUUUCUUCCACUCGUCGAGAAGCUUUUGACUAAUGACGACUGGAAAAUGAAGCACGCUGCUCUCCGCGCGUUCUCUGCCGUCGGCGAGGGAUGCCAACGUUCCAUGGAGCCACAUAUAGAGCAAAUUAUGGUUCAUAUCACCAGAUACGUCAACGACGCUCAUCCACGUGUCCAAUACGCCGCGUGUAACGCCAUCGGACAAAUGUCUUCUGACUUUGCUCCAACUCUUCAGAAGAAGUGCCACGCCGCCGUCAUUCCAGCUCUUCUCGAGUCUCUCGAUAGAACUGAUGUGCCACGUGUGUGUGCUCACGCUGCUUCUGCAUUAGUCAACUUUGCCGAGGAGUGCCCGAAGAGCAUUAUUGGACAAUAUCUUCCAUACAUUCUCCAGAAGCUUGAGAACGUGCUGUCCGCUGUGUUCAACCGUUUGUCCGAUAAGAGAUAUCAAGUCGUCGUUGAGAACAUUGUCACCGCCAUCGCCUCUGUCGCGGAAGCCGCCGAGGAGUUGUUCAAGGAGCAUCACGCUCGUCUCAUUCCAAAUCUUGUUCACAUUCUUCAGAAUGUUGGAGAGCUUAAGGAGUUGAGAGGAAAGACUAUCGAGUGCAUCUCACUCAUCGGAUACGCUGUUGGAAAAGAACACUUUCACGCUACAGCCAUCGAUAUUUUGAAUCUUCUUGGAGAUGGAAUGAAGGAUUUGGCUAUCGACGAUCCACAAUACAGCUAUAUGAUCAGCUCAUGGACCCGUUUCUGCUCGAUACUUGGAGCUGAUUUCGCUCCAUUCCUUCCUGUUGUCAUGGAUCCAGUUCUUCGUGCCGCUCGUUAUCGUCCAGAUUUCAACAUCUUCAAUAACGAAGACAUUCAAGACACCGAAGAAGGCGUCGAAUACCACGGAAUCGGUGGCGAGAAGACUGUCGGAAUAAGAACUAGCGGUCUCGAGGAGAAGGCAACCGCCUGUGAUAUGCUUGUGGCGUUCGCCAAGGAAAUGAAGGAGGCUUUCAUGCCGUACGUCGUCGACGUCUACGAGCUUGCCAUCAAAAAUCUCGAUUUCGGACUUCACGACGGUGUUCGUACCGCUUCUGCCGAGAUUAUGCCAUUCUUGUUGGUCUGUGUUGAGAAGCAAGGGCUCGCUGACAAACGUCGUUUGUGGUGCGAAUUCUUGAAGGCGCUGACGACUUCAAUGGAAGAGGAGGAUGACGUCGAGAUUCUCGCCUCGUUCAUGACCGCCAUCGGAUCGUGUAUUGAGGUUAUGAAGACUGAGGGAAUCGCCGAAGAGGAGGUGAAACUCAUCAUCUCGGUUUUGUUGAAACAACUCGAGAAUUACGGAAAGAGAAUGAACGAUCGUCCAGCUGAAGACGAGGAUGACGACGAUGCUGAGGCUAAGGAGGAGUUGGAUUACUUCAUGGAGUUGGAGGCGUCUUGCCUUGGAGCAAUCUCCGAUUUGACUCACUCUCUGAUGAAAGAGUUCAAGGAGAGCAUCUUCGAGGGAAUGAUCAACGUGUUCGAUUGUGCUGUUCAACUCAUCGAGGGAUCCAAACAAUACUUCGAGAGACAAUGGGGAAUGUGUCUUCUCGAUGACGCCAUCGAGUACGGUGUCGGACACUUGCCAACUCGUUUCCCGAAACUCAUUCCGAUUAUGUACAAGUUGUUGGGUGACGAGUAUCCGGAAGUGAGACAAGCGGCUGCUUAUGGAUUCGGUGUGAUGGCUGUCAGAUAUCAGCAUAUCAACGAUUAUAGAAACGAGAUUCUGAGCUGUCUGCAACCGUUGGCUGCGAUGAUCGAACGAGAGGACGCGAGAGCUACGGAGGAGAGCACUGUCGCCACGGAGAAUGCGAUUUCUGCAUUCGCGAAGAUUAUUGCUAAUGUGCCACUUCCAGAUGAUGUUUACAGACAGGUUGUCGAGAAGUUCCUCAGCUGGUUGCCAACAUACUCGGACACGGAAGAGAGUCCAUACAUCUACUCUGCGUUGGCUCAAUUGUUCGACAAACAAGAUCCAGCUCUCUUCGGAGCAGAGAAUCAGAAUCUGUCGAGAAUCUUCACUGUCUGCUUGCUCUCAAUCGCGAACGAGGCAUUCAACGACGACGAGCACGGUAAUCACACCAAAUCUCGCAUCGCCACAAUUCUCAAGACCAUCUACUCUUCGUUCCCACAAUUCGCUCAACAAGACGGAAUCGACGAACACUUGCAAGGAGUCCUUCAAAGAGUUCUCACCACUGGACAAUAA